AAAGCAAAGGAAAGAAAACAGAAGCUAUGGGCUAUCUUCCUUUGCCUUUGAACUCUAAACCAAACUCUUCCAAAGACUAAUUCCCCUUUGAAUCUUCUCUUCCUCACCCUUUUUCAUUUUCAAUAGUUUUUAGGGUUAUCCUUUUUUAUUGGGUUUUCAAAAUAUCUCCCAAACAAUCUUUCUUUUUCUUUUUUGACAACAUUUUGGCAUGGCUGUUGAGUCACUGAAUUCACUUCCCAUCGGGUUUCGGUUCCGACCAACGGACGAGGAGUUGGUCAAUUUCUACUUGCGGUCUAAGAUAAACGGGAACAGAAACGAUGAGGUUCGAGUCAUUCGUGAAAUCGAUGUUUGCAAAUGUGAGCCGUGGGAUUUGCCUGACUUGUCCGCUAUAAGGACACGUGACCCGGAAUGGUUUUUCUUUUGCCCACUGGACCGAAAGUACCCAAACGGCAACAGGCUCAACAGGGCUACUGAGGCUGGUUACUGGAAGGCUACGGGUAAGGAUCGCAAGAUUAAGUCUGGGUCCACCUUGAUCGGCAUGAAGAAAACUCUGGUGUUUUACAUCGGCAGGGCUCCUAAGGGAAAGCGAACCAAUUGGGUUAUGCACGAGUACCGUACUACCCUCGAUGAACUUGACGGCACCAAGCCCGGACAGAAUGCGUUCGUAAUUUGUCGUUUAUUCAAGAAACAAGAUGAGACCAUUGAAGAUAUAAAUGGUGAUGAAGUUGAUCCCGCUGUAUCAUCUCAUACUGAAGAUAUGCAGUCGGAGUUAGAAGUGCUUCAUGACUCUCCUGUGGUGGGAGCGGAAGCUGAAAAAGUUUCCAUUAUCAGUGAAACUUGUCCUGUGGGUUUGCCCGAUGAAGUGAUUUUUAGCGCUGUUGUACCCAUAUUAGAGUGCAACAGCGAUGAUUAUAACACUUAUGGUGUAAUGGGUCCAGUGGCAGAAGUAGCACCUGCAGAGGUGGAUCCACUUGGAGAAGCUUUGAAUUAUUUUUAUGAUCCCACGAUGGAGCUACCAGACUGCAAACUAUUUUCUCCAUUGCACAAACAGAUUGAAGCAGAGCAGGCACCCUGGAUGUUUGAUCAUCUUGGGAACAGUUUCAGUGGAGUGGAGUUUGAGCAUGGCUCAAAUGAAAAUGAUACCUCUAUUUCUGACUUCUUGGAUUCUAUCCUAAAAAAUUCGGAUGACGACUAUGGUGAUGACUCUGGCUGUCAGAAGAAUUCAGCUAUUGAAUGCGAGACCCCUAGGGCCAUGACCUUUGGUAAGGAUGGUGGAUCAUGCAGUGAAUCAGGUGCUGUAGUGGCCCAAGUACUGAACAAGAAUUUUCCUCUGGAACAGCUUGGGACAGACACGGCCAACAGAGGGGCUCCUCUAGACUUUAAAGCAACUGCACAAGAUUGCACAAGUCCUAUUUGCAUGCAGGACGUUAACCUUUCUGGGACAGGGCCAUUCUAUAAUGUGCUAAAUAGUAAUGCAGAAUUGGGCAAUCAUAUGAAUACAGCUUGUAAUGUUGAUAAUGCUAUCACUGGAAUCAGGAUUAGGUCUCGCCCUGCUCGAAGUCAACCAGUCACUGAGAACUCCAUGACACAGGGUAAUGCUCCAAGGAGACUACGUCUGCAGUGUAAACUUCAAGUCCGCUCAGUUUAUUGUGGCAAUGCAAUAAACAACUGUAGUAGCGAAGAGAAAGAAGAUGAUUCAAAACCAGUUGUUACAAAGGUGGUAAAAGUCAUGGAAGAGAAUAUCACUGUUGGCAGUGAUGCUGCUCAUGGCACCAUGGAGGAACCCCAGGAAAUAUCCCUUUCUGAGUCGAACAAAAGCACUGUUUUGAUGUCAAAAAGCGUUGUGCCUGUUCGUGAAGAGACUGCAUCUCGGUGGCCAAAGAAGCUUUCAGCUCGUCGGUCACAUAAACCAUUUGCUGUUAUUUUUCGGGUAGCUGUGAUGUUAAUCUUGUUUAUAGUUUUGAUUAGCAAAUUGAAUGUCUUGUAAUUUGAUGAUACUUAUUUCGAUGUGUAUAAUUGACUCGUUUCGUUUUGAGGCUCUCUACUAGUUAGGACUGCGGCAGUGAUUUUGAGUUCUAACAUAUAUGUAUCUAUCUAUUUAGUUAUUGUAUAUUACAAGAGCAUAUCUGUCUAUGCAGUAUAUAUAACUGCUUUUCUCUC